CGCUGAAGCUAACCCCUUCAACACUUUAUUUAACUGAGAAGAUUUGUUUUAGAAAUCAGUGUCCGAAAUUCCAGUUCCGAGUCAGUGGCGCUUGCUUUUUCUGCUACAGGAAGUAAAUCCAUUUAAUGGCUGCUGUAAGAACACCUGGUGUAAUUGCUUUGUUUGAUGUUGAUGGAACUCUCACAGCUCCAAGAAAGGUAGUUACUCCUAAGAUGUUAGAGUUCAUGCAAGAACUUCGCAAGGUUGUAACUGUUGGAGUAGUGGGCGGAUCUGAUUUUUCUAAGAUAUCUGAGCAGCUCGGCAGUACAGUUGUUAAUGACUAUGAUUAUGUAUUUUCUGAGAAUGGGCUUGUCGCUCAUAAAGAUGGGAAACUUAUUGGAACCCAGAGUUUGAAGACAUUUAUUGGAGAGGAAAAGCUCAAGGAAUUUAUAAAUUUUACACUUCAUUAUAUUGCUGACUUGGAUAUUCCAAUUAAAAGGGGAACAUUCAUAGAAUUCCGGAGUGGGAUGAUAAAUGUAUCACCAAUUGGCCGGAAUUGCAGCCAAGAAGAAAGGGAUGAGUAUGAGAAGUAUGACAAGGUCCAUAACAUACGUAAGAAGAUGGUAUCUGUGCUACGUGAAAAGUUUGCACACCUUAAUCUGACAUUCUCCAUAGGCGGACAGAUAAGCUUUGAUGUCUUUCCUCAAGGAUGGGACAAGACGUACUGCUUGAGAUAUCUAGAAGAGUUUAAUGAAAUCCACUUUUUCGGUGACAAAACUUACGAGGGAGGAAAUGAUUAUGAAAUUUAUGCAUCAGACCGAACAGCGGGUCACACAGUCACCAGCCCGGACCAUACGAUGGAGGAAUGUAAAAAAAUAUUCCUUACAAACCCCUGAGACUCAUUUCUAUUUUCCAUUUUCAUUUGUAUUCUAUUUGUAUUUUAUUUGUAUUUUACUCGCAGUUUAAGAAUAAUUGACCAUUAGAACUGUCUCUUGAAAUUUGUAUGAACGAUGCAACAUGAUGAACACAUUGAACAGAGAUUCAAUGUGAUUUCCUAUAUGCAAUUGAAAAUUUAUUUUGA